AGUGGGAGAAGGAAGAGCAUGCUGGAGUUUGGAGAAUGCUUAUAUUUCCCUUGGGAAGCAUGAACAAGCCUUACACUUCGCAGAAAAACAUCUGGAAAUCUCCCAAGAGAUUGGGGACCACCCUGGGGAGACGACGGCGUGCACAAACAUUGCACAGCUGCAGUUGGCGUUGGGCCUGGAGCAGAGCGGUGAUGGGGCCGAUGCCUCGGCUGGUUGUGCGGGAUAUGAAGUCCAGGGAGCCAGACCAAAGUGGGCCCAAACCAACAGCAUGAACAGCCUUGACCUUCUGAGGUUCCCACCUGAAAAGGAUCAGAAUGGAGAGGCCCAUCACUUAGGAGACUUUGGGAUAACUGGGAAAGAUUUCUUGUCGCUGUCUGCCAGAUCCCAUAAGUACCGGGAAAACCAGUCGCUGCUGGAGGGUUGCAGUGAAUCUCCUCUGGAAACCAGCGACGUCCAAGUCCAGUUAUCUCAGCUGAAAAUCAGGCAAGCCCCUUCCAAGGAGGACUGCUUCUUCGACCUUCUGAGCAAAUUCCAGAGCAACCGGAUGGAUGACCAGCGCUGUCCUUUGGAGGACUCCCAGAGAGAGUCGGACGAAGCGGCUGCUACUCCUGUCCCUGCCCUGGAGGAAGCACAGACUCAGUCCAUGGCCUCCCCGCAGACCGAGGAACUCUUCGACCUCAUUGCCAGCUCCCAGAGCCGGCGGCUUGAUGACCAGCGGGCCAGCGUGGGGAAUCUGCCCGGCCUCCGUAUCACACCCAGCAACCUGGGCCACCUUCGCAUGGACGGCGAGGCCCAGGAGCCCGGCGACGAAUUCUUCAACAUGCUCAUGAAGUGCCAGUCCUCUCGCCUUGACGACCAGCGCUGUGCCCCACCCAAUUCCAUUCCCCGUGGCCCCACCGUGCCCGAUGAGGACUUCUUCAGCCUCAUCCAGCGCGUCCAAGCCAAACGCAUGGAUGAGCAGAGAGUGGACCUGGCUUCAGCUGAGGAAGAUCAAGCAGAGGACCAACCUCCAGAUCAGCAGCAAAGACCCAGCUUCAGUUAAGAAGCUGGAGUGAGAGGCCAGUGAAGGGAUGGACCUCUGGAUGCCCCCAGCAGAAGAUCUGGGCCAUGGCGCUUAAUGUUCCUGGGGGCGCUGGCUCCUUUCUGCACUUUCUCACCCUGGAGAAAAAUAGCAGUCACGACAGUUGGGAGCAGAAGGGGUGGGCACUCCCUCCGCUCCAAGCUGCCUCUGUACCAAUUGGGCAAGGUUGGUAAAGGUGAAGCAUCUUCUCUAUUUGAGCAUCAGCUAUGAAAACCAGGCUCAAGAAGUGAGAAGGAGGCCAAUGGUGUGAAGGCCUUAAGCUGAAAACCUCUGAGCAAGAUGCAGGGACCCACCUGCAGGAAAAAGCAAGGGGUCUGGGUCAGGCCCAAGCCCUAGAAGCAGCAGAACAAUGGACUGCCGGAGGGGCUGACCCCAACUCAGGCUGAUCUGUGCCUCUGCCUCUUUAAGCCUACGUCCUGUGCCAAAUUGACAGCUGAUUUUGGAAUCUGAAUUGAGGAUGGCAAUCAGUGAAUGUGUGUGCAAAUUGCAUGUUGUAGAAAUAUGCUCCUUGGGUCACUUUUUUCUCAGGUGCAAUCUGAUGCUGGUUGGAAAGGUCCCGGGGAGGAGAGAAAGGUUAGCAAACAUCCAGAGCCAAGACGGAAGGCUUCUGUUAGCCAGGGGAGCCUAGCCCACAACUAUAGCAGUUGCUGUAUAAAUCACAAAAGCAAGAUACUUGCAGUGAGCCCUCUCUCUUAGUAACCAAUUAAAGGGAUUUUAAGUUAAAAUAACAGGUGUGUUCCUGCAGUCUCUGAUCUUUUUAGCCAAGUUCUAGCCCUCUUUUAAUCUUGUUUCCCUGAAGGCAGGAAGGAAUUUUCUCUUGCUAUCUUGGACUGUUGAUUUGGAGUUUACAUUCCUCAGUUUAAUCAAGGUUUGUGGUGUUAGAUAAAGAUUGUUGCCAUUCCCCUGGGAAAUUGAUUAGGAUUUUUUUUUUCUGGCUUCCCUGCUUGUAUGGUACUUUCAAGACUCCUUUUUAAGGAGAGAGUUGUGUUAGUCUAUGGUGGCAAAAAAAUCAGGAGGAGUUGGGUAGCAUCCUGCAGCUCAUAAAAACAUCUGCCUUUUCACAAAAUUUGUUGGUCGGAAAAAGUGCUACCCAACCUGAUUUCUGCCUUUUUAAUAUCUCAGAAGGAUUGGAAAACCUCUCAAAAAAACGCAACGGUCUCCAGCAUGUUUCAGUCCUCUUUCUAGUCUGGUCUUCUCACUGCUUCCCAGAAGUAUCUCUGUUGUGAACUGCAGGCCAGGACUGCAGAAAAGGCCCCUGUUGAGAAGGGGGUCCCUGUUCACCACACGGUCCUAGAUCUGGGCCAGAUCAAGGAAGCCCCCUUAGAGGCAGGAGCCAGCCUUCCCACAGGCUGUUUGCACAAUGCACGAGGCCCAAAGGCCUUCGUGGGAACCCAACCCAUGCCAUGAGAAUAUGCGCUGUGUGCAAGUUGGUGGAUUCAGCCCACUGUGCUUCAGGGAAGCCUUUUGACCCAACGCAGCCCUUGAUGGAGCCCCCCACAGUAGGAAGCCCUGCAGAGGACCUCGCCUGCAAUCGGUUUCUUGAGCAAAGGCUGCAUGUCUGGGCGCUUGAUGGAGAAGGAGGGAGACACCCAUCACCUGUUGUCAUGGGAAUGCAACUGCAGUGGCUCAGAAACCCUGACAACUAUGGUGAAGUGCUGGCUCUGCUUCUCUUUCUCUAUUCCACCCAGUGAACACUCCCAGCGAAGGACCAGCCAGGUUGGCCGGCCCCGCUGGAUUAACUGAAUGACUGAGGGGGGGGCUGUGUCUGGCUGGUGAAAAUAUCCCAGAUCAAACGACUUCUUAGCAGAGUCAUCUUUGAUCGCAUCCUACAAACAUCGGGCAGCGGAGAAGCUGUCUUGACACUGAGAAGGUUAAAGGGGUCCCAAAUGCCCCUUCUGGUCAUAGCAACAGCCAGAAAGCCUUUCUCGUCAGAGUCCACGUGCAGUGGGGAAGGCUUGCCAGGGUACCCAGCUGCUGGUGCAGAGGGCCCCAUGCUUGGCACCACCUUCACUUCAUGUAGCGGCAGGGCGCUCUGUGCCAUGGGCCCAAAGCCCCAGUCCAGUCCUCUGCUUCAGAGGGGAAGGCUGGCCACCAUCUGAGUGGCCAGACCCGCUUGACCUGCCUGCAGGUGAGAGAAGGCCAGGCUGCAGCGGACCAAGACAAGAAAAAAUCUUGGCCCGGAUACUUGAAUGUAUUCAUUAAUUUUUUUUUUUUUUUUUAAGUGUGUCACUUGUGAUUUGUUGGAAGGGUGGGAGGGGGAAGGAAGCAAAGAACGUUAAUUACAUGGUAUUUUCCCUUCCCUCUGAAAAGUCAAAGAGGUGCCAAAUUAAUUCAUAUAUAGAUACCUUGGGGUGGAGAAGAGAAGAGAAAAGUUCUUCAAUAAACCUUUUGUGAGCAAAGCUCUUUGGAAAUUAUUUUCUCAACUGUCUGGCACAAAGUGGUUUUGAUGACGAAAAAUGAAAGCCAAAGCUGGCGGCGGGGUGGAGGGCAGAGAGGAAAGACCGCACUCGUUCUCUGGAUGCAUUCUUGGCCCUUCCUUUCUUCUGCUGUAUAACCAACAAAGCUCUCUGUAAUCAUUUGCUUGGGUCAGAUCCUAACAGGAAGCCUGUUUCAAACCAAGAUGAAGAAAGUGUAUGUUCCCAAUUCUGCCAUCCUAUCCCAUGUAUUUUGAUCGUAUGCAGAAUAUGCUACAUUGAAAUUCAUGCAGCGGUAGGAAAACCCCCCAAGAGCAUCUUCAAUUUCUGAUAACGGGAAGCAAUGAAUAUCUAUAUGCGGGGUGAAAGCAUAAAUUUU